ACACUUCUUUCUACGCGGGUUUUCUUUCUUAUAAUAAAUUAAAAAAAAAAACUAAUUUUAGUGUUAAAACACCUGUGGAGAUACAUACAUAAACCGAUAAUUGAUAAAUAAUUACAAUACUGCUGUGACAUUUAAUAUUUUUGAAAAUGGAUAAUUCAUCUCAACCUACUGGAAGCAGUUUAAUUGAGAAUAAGGAUGAAAGGGAAUUAGCUAUUUAUAAAAAAGAGGCACAGAGUGUCAUUACAUUAAAAUUUUUAUAUGAUGAAGAUGGAUUCAAUACAAAAAUCGGUCAGUUUAAGCCUGAAAUGGCACAUCAAGUAUUUGGUGAAAAUGAAUCUAUUUUUGGGUACAAAUCAUUAGAAAUUAAUUUGUAUUAUCUCCACAACUCUGUUAAGUGUUACCUUGAUGUGCAGUGUUCAGGAAAGAUAGAAAAUAGCAAAUUGGAAGCAGAUGAUAUUACAAGUACUUUGGAUGAAUGGCUACCUGAAGCAUAUGUCACCGACAAAGUUUCAUUUUUAAAAGCCAUGGAGCAUGAAACUCAUGAUAAGAUCUAUGGAAAAAUUCUACAUGAAUUUACAGAUAAAAAUGAAGUGGCUUCAUUUCCAAAUGAAAAAGAUAUUCAUCCAAAAUACAAAAUUUCACUGGUUGAUGUUAAAGAUGAUCAAUUUAUUGAAUUUCAUAAAAGAUUCCAAACAUUAAUUAUUUGGUUCAUUGAUGCUGCCAACUUUAUUGAUUUGGGAGAUGAACGAUGGAUGAUAUUUUAUAUUUAUGAAGAAUUUGAACAUCCCAAAACUAAACAAAUUAUGAUAUCUCCAGUUGGAUUUUGUACAAUAUAUAAAUUUUAUGCGUAUCCAGACAAAAUCAGACCUCGUAUUAGUCAAUUUUUCAUUUUGCCCACACAUCAAAGAAGAGGACUUGGCACUAAGUUGUAUGAAAAUGUAAUAAACUAUUUAAGAGAACAACCAGAAGUUGUUGAUAUAACAGUUGAAGAACCUACAGCUACUUUUCAAAAAAUUAGGGACAUUGUAGAUUGUCAAUAUAUUUAUAAAAAUUUAGAUAGUCAUAAAUUUGAAACAGAAAUUCAGAAUCAGAAAAAAUUCAAUGAAUACAUGAGGAAAAACAAACUGUGUAAAAGACAGUGUCAGAGGAUAUUUGACGUUUUAGGUUGUUAUAAAGCAAAGAAAUGUGGACCAUUGAAAUAUAAUGCAUUUGUGGAAACUAUAAAGAAUCGUAUUACCAAUGAGAUUGAAAGAGAAGCCAGAGCCGGAAAAAGAUUUUGUCAAAUACCAGGAUUUACUCCAGAACCAACAGACACAAAAAGUUUGGUUGAUUCUGAGUAUAACAAUUACUUGGAAGAUAUUAGCCCAAGUGUUAAGUAUUUGGUUGCACACAUGUAAUAUUGUUAUUAUUGAUUUUUUUAAAUAAAAGUAUUAUAAAUACCACAUGUUAUGUCACAUA